UUAAAGUCAGUUUGAUUAACUACGAUGCAGUAUCGGUAGACAGAGAAAGUACCUGGUAUAUAACAGAGUGUGAUCUACCUGGAUACCAAAGGAUUAUAAAUGAAAGACUAUCACACCUUUAAAUAUAAUCAUUUACAAUACUAUAUCAGUUAAAAUGUAUAGAAUUAAUACAUUUUUGAAAUAUGUUUCAUUUUGGAUUUUGAUGUUUUCUUUGGAUUAUGCUUAUACACGUAUCGUACAUUCGCAGGAAACCUAUUUAGACGGAUCUAAGCAAAAAUGUGUUCAAUUAGGGAAAAAGGAAAAAGUCUGUAACGUCGUUCAAGCGCACUACAACAUGACAACAUUCCCAAAUCUUCUUGGACAUAAAGAUAUAUCGGAAGCGAAGGAAGAGUUCAAAGAUUUUAAACCUCUUAUUGAUGUAAAUUGCUCCGCUAGCCUGGAAGAGUUUCUAUGUCUUAUUUAUUUUCCUCCUUGUACAUCUUACCCCACUACAAUUAAAGUCUGUCGGUCUUACUGCCACGAGGCAGUUACCGAAGAGUGUCGGGAAAUUUUAAAAAAGUUUAAUACACGUCCACCUGUUCUUGAAUGCGGACAAUACCCCCUGUCGGAAAGUGAUGUAGUGUGCAUUAAGCCCGACAAUACUAUUUCAAAAAAUGGCGGAACAGUUGCAACAGCGACGUCGGGUUCUGUGAUUUUUAACAAUUUUGAUGACGAAAGUUCUUUAGAGUCUAAAGAAGAAGAAAUUGACCUUGACCUAAAUUUUCUGGUAACCAGUGGAAACAACAUACAGCUGCUUGACAUAAGGUCAACAAACAACAUGGAUACUAUAACAUUAUAUCGAAGGUUACCCACACGUAUGAGUACGACAAUCGAUUAUUACGAACCAUCACAGUAUAUAUUCUGGGCCUCAAGUACAGAAGGAAAAAUUUUCAGAGGCACAUUGGUAGUGGAAUCACUGCGAAAUAUUCGCCCGAUUAUUGAUACAGGAUCUGCCAGUGUCGAGUCCAUUGCUGUCGACUGGAAUUUGCGAGUACUGUUCUGGACAGAGAGUGUGCCGGUUGCCCGGCUCAGGACGUCAAGUCUAAGUGGCAGAAUGGUUACAACACUGCUGUCAGAUGACAUGAAAUAUCCAAUCAGUUUGUCAAUAGAUCCAUUAGAAGGAAAGUUGUUUUGGAUUGACCGGCGUGGAGUUGCUUUCGACCAGUCCUCGUCUAUAGAAAGUUAUUCCAUAGUAACUGAGGAACAUUCUACCGUGUUUAAUAUAACCUCACUGACAAUUGUCAAUGGAGGACGGGCUACAGCAUUAGUGGUUGAUAUUGGACAGAAACGAAUUUAUUUUGUAGAUGCAAGGUCUCAGUCCCUUCACUCUAUCAAAUACGACGGAAGCGACCAUAAAGUUUUACUUUCCAAUCAUCCAUACCUGAAAGAUGUAGACAGACUGGUUCUCCAUGAAGGUCAUAUAUUAUGGGUAGACAAAAUAUCUAGGGCACUCAUAUGGGCUGACAAGGCGACGGGAGAGAACGAAAGGGUUUUAAAAAUAUUCGAUACAGGACCCCCUCAGAAUAUGAAAAUAUUUGGAAAACAACGCCAAAACAUCAGCUCAUCUUCCUAUGCAAAGUCAUCGCUUGCAGAAAGAUGGCAAGAACUCUCCUCCAAGGAGAACAUGGCAGACCUUGAAACUGAGGAUGACUAUGACUACGACGAUUAUGAAGGACAGACGAACGAAAAGAGCAAGAAACCAAAAUCUUCAGCGAACAAUUUGACGUCAAACUACAACUUUGAAAUGCUUCUUUGUCUAGUUUAUAUAGUUUUAGUUUUAUGAUAGAAGUUCAUAAUUAGAAAUUUGAAGUCAUAUUUGAUAAAUGUGGUGAUGCAGUACAGGUAGAAUCAUUGUAACUAUGGUAACGCAUCUGAUUAUAUGGUAUGACUGAACUUGUAGGAGGAUAAACCGUCAAGUUACCCAAGAAAAAAAAUAGGUUUUUGGAAAUUAAAUUGGAACUUAUCACCGACCGUUCAUACCUAGCCCAAUGGUCCGUAGAUAUUUAUAUAAUUUGUUUAAACCCGAUUGGAGUGACAGCUAUAAGCUUAUUUGAACCAUUACCAAGUCCACUUCCUGGAAAAACCAGUACUGGUGUCGUAUAAGAAGGCAUAGCCGUGACACAAGUGGGGCUUGAGCCAACAACCUCCAGGUUGAGGUGCCGACAUUUGAACUAUUAGACUACCUCUCACCUUAGAUACUUCGACAUUACUUAAAAUUUGCCAAAGGCAUUGCGGUGUGAACUUUUGAAUUUCAAAAAAGAUGCCAUACAAAAGCAUCCAGCAAAGGUUGAGAUUUGUUAGAUGGUUUCUAACAACGUAUGCGCAUUUAGUGCUAAUUCAAAUUUAUUAGCUGGUUUCGUGUGUUUUAUGUCUGAUGCUUUGAUGAGGUUGUCAACAGCAAGACGAAUUUGUUUCUCACAUUUUUCCAGGAUCUAACACUUGCUAAUUUUAAGAUAAAUGUACGCAAGAGAAGUGACCAACUCGUAUUUCGUUAAGAGUUCUUGACGCUACCUUUUCCUCAUCAAUCUAUUGAAAUAACAACUGUAUUCUUUGAAAAAAAAAGAUACACAUGUUCUUUCAAAUCACUCAAAUGAAAAAUUAAUCGAUUUUGUAUUCGCUCUAGGAUGGCAUUAAAGUGUUUAAAUACCGCUAUAAAGUGUCAGCUUAUGUGCAGAGAAUUUAUACAUCUUAACUGGACUUCUAAAAAAUGAAACCUUUAAACACAUACCAUGUAAACGCAGAACCGCUGCGCAACAUUUCGUGUGACGAAAUGAGGACCGCUAUUGUGAUUGUACAGUAUUUUUUUUUCACUGUUUGUAAUUCCUUUCAUAUAGUUCUUUAAGGGUUUAAUUUAAUGCACUUACUUAAACCUGUAACCAUCCUAUGCUAGAUGCCAUCUGUUUAAUAUUUAUUUGACGUUCAUCGGAAAAGAUUACAUUGGAACCUUGGGCAUAUUAGGUACAAGUAAAACUUGCUUCACUCUGCCAUGGACAGUUAACUGCCGAGUAUGUUCGCUGCAAAGUAUGGACUCAGCAGUCGAUAGUUAACUGCCGAGUAUGUUGACUGUAAGGUAUGGACUCAGCAGUCGUUAGUUAACUGCCGAGUAUGUUAAAUACGAAAUAAGAACUCAGCUGUCGGCAGUUAGCUGCCGAGUAUGUUAACUGCUAAGUAUGAACUUAGCAGUCGACAGUUAACUGCCAAGUGUGUCAACUACAAAGUAUGGACUAGACGACAGUUACCUGUCGAGUAUGAUAUCUGCAAAGUAUGGACUAGUCGACAGUUAACUGCCGAGUAUGUAAACUGCCGAGUAUGGACUCGACCACCAAUAUAGUUAAUUGCCAGGUAUGGGUAAUAAUUUUUAUCAUCUGAACAUUUGGAAAGUCGUCUCAUAAAAAACAUAUUGAUUGAUGGAAUAUGUCUUGAUUGACAUGCCCAAUUUUAUUUGUAUAGUAUAUGUAGUUAUAUAGGUAUAUACAUGUGCAGCAUUUGUGUACAGUUCUUCUCAAGAAUUGUGUAACUAUAUUUAUGACUUAUACAUCUAUAUGAAUUGUUGCUUGUAACUGUAUGUUCUGUUCAAGUGAAAAUUAAAAGAUAUGCCUGUGUUA